GCCACAAUUUCCGUUUCUUUUCCGGUUAUUUUUCGUCCGUUCGAAUUUGGUGAGGACGCUUCUGCGGAACUCUCCCCACACCCGUCUGUCGAGACAGCACCUCCUUCGCCUUCGCGUCACUCCCGCAUUUUGUUCCCACCCGCCGUUCUCGGUGUGUCGGGAGUUCCGAGUUGUGCGCUCCUGCAGCAUUCAACUGCAGAGAAUCCUUUCUUCCGGGCGACGCAGGUCUGGUUCCGCAGCGCGCAGCGUUCGUCUCUGUUUUUUUGCCCUUUUCUGUCGGCCCUUUCUCCUCCGUUUCUCCACUCAAGAUGUCGUUCCAGGACUGGACGCCCGUGAGCUGGAAUAAGACUGGGCAGCGCCAGAAGGGCGUGACCAAAGAGCAGGAAAUCAACCAAGCUCGCAGAAGAGGCGAGGAACUCGAGACAGAGAAGAAGUUCCUUGGUGGUCAGAACAAAGCAACAAAGGGAGGCCUCUGCCCUAACGCCCGAAAGAUUGAAGAGGAUACAGGAGACUACCACGUUGAGCGUGUGUCUGCGGAUUUCUCGCGUGCUCUCCAGCAAGCGAGACAGGCGAAGAAAAUGACGCAGGCCGAGCUGGCGCAGGCUAUCAACGAGAAGCCUUCCGUGGUCAACGACUACGAAAGCGGGAGAGCAAUUCCCAACGGAGCAGUCGUCCAGAAGUUGAACAGGGCACUUGGUGUGAGCCUCCCGAAGGCGAAGGAAAAGCGGAAGCCCGUGGCAUAAAUGCGAACGGAAAUAUUCGACGUUCUUCGCUUGAGACACGCAAUAAAGAAUCUACCAAGGGAGAGUCGUUUUUUAUGAGACUUCUCUCUGUGCUGCCGCCUCGAUGGAGGAGGACAACACUUUUUUUCUCCGGCGGAACUGCGGUUCAUCCACGCAGAGACACCGGCUCUUGGGCGGACGUUGUUUUCGCCGUUUUCGCUGGUUUCCCAUUCAUUUGUCGACAAUGUGUUUCGACCGCAUUCACCGAUACCAUUUGUGCAUGGAGCAAAGCGACUAGGCGCCUCCGCGUCUCCAGAGAACCUUGUGUGUAGUGAUCGUGAACACAGAGGUUCGGUUUCCAGCUGUCCGACAUCUGUUGGGUGACUGACUUCAUGCUGUGCAAUAAUGCAUUCAGCGACAUAGUGUUGGUUCGCUGGUAACAUCUAAGUCCUUCAUUGUGGCGGAAAAUAUUCAUAUCGCGUCGGCAUGACACGUCCAGAACAAGGUGCAUACAUGCAGACUGACACAGAAGAAUUUUGCAGAUCGAUUCCUUGUCGACACACGGCAGGCACUGCAUACCUCGAGACGAUGGCACUGAGAAGCGCCUCUUGGGAUCACGGAAAAGUCCUAGUGGAGAUAGACCGUCUGCAGACUGUGGUGUUCCCUUCAUGCUACGCAGACCUGCGUCACAACGCUUCAGGAAUACUGUUGGCCUGAGUCGAAGACCGUCACUGUACUGGAUAUAGAGAGGCUGAGCAAAUUAUUUGCGUGCAUAACAGCCUGACGAUGGUUUAUUGCAGUAUAUCUGCGGUCGCUGGUCAGCCCGACAUUUGUAUAGGAAAGUCCUUUAUCAGGCUGGA